UCACCAAAAAAGGCGGGAAAUCAGUAUUGGAUAUAUUUUUGUUGACACUUACAUUUGGUUUGCGUAUUGUUAUUUAAAGUAUAAUUAAUCACUUAAUUUAACCAAAAAAAUGAGCAAAAAGGCAACCCGAGCGAGUAAACCAAAACCGGAUCCGGAUGCGGAGGGAUCUGUAAACAAGUCUAAGGCCGCUGCGUUAAAAAAAGUGUUCUUUGUGUCAAAGGAAAUGCUGCCCAAAGAUGCGGACGAUCGGCGCCUUCGACUGGAGCGGUUUUUCCAUCCCGGACUAGGAAAAGAGGCAAUGUUUAUGACCCAUCCCGAUGGCAAGAUGAUGGAGCUGGUGGAAUACGCUGAACCACGGCGCAGCUGGCUGGUGAAUAGCGAGGUCUGUUCCAAUGGCAGAAUCUACAUGACCACGCCGGUGGACCCUACGCUCCUGGCUCUUCACCACCUCCGGAAACACUGCGGGCAAAGAGCAAUGUCGCUGGACAACAUUGCCGUGGAAGAAGUCAACACGAGUCGCCUGCUCAACGAGUUCCUCGACCGAGAAAGCCUGAAAUGUGUGGCCGAUGUGAAGAGUUCCGGUGAUCAAAAGUUCUUCAAGUAUAACCAGGAGCGAGCAUUGGCCUGGCUGGCAUUGAAGACACGCCAGGUAUCGGAGAUUUUGAAGGAGAAGAAAAUUCACUGUGGACAUAGUGCUCAGUCGCAGAAUUUCGUGCGAAGCGAAAAGCUGGCUGAGGAAACUGUCAGCAAUGAGAUGGAUUACACUCGCAUGGCUUGCGAUAUUGUGGGGCGGUAUCUGGAUGCGGAUUUGCAUGGCCUACUAACGGAAUAUCUGCACAUUACCAGUGAAAUUCAAGCAAUUGUCGAAGAAAAGGCUGCCGCUCAAAAGCGCAAAUCGAAAGCGGGCAAGGACGAAGGCAGCGAGUCCAAAAAGAUCAAGCUAAACGACAGUGAUGCCGCUGCGAAGCUGAAGAGCAGUGGUCUGGUGGACAGCGAUGUUGAUCCCAAUUCCAGCAUUACAUCGCCUACGCCAACUCCGCUGAAGGAACGCUCGCUAACCGCCAAGGAGAAGGCCCUGGCCAAGGGCGCUAAAGCAGCAGCAGCAACAACAAUAACAAUCGCAACGCAACGCACAAAAGCAUGCUACGCUAAAUUGCAUUUGGCGUCUGUCAAGGACAAAACAAAACGCUGUUUGUGUGAGUGCAACCACAACAACAACAUCAACAGAAAUAUAACAAAAACAAUAGCAACAACAUUGUGGCACAAAUAACGGAACUGCAAAGUAUCAACAGCAAAAAGAAACAAAAAACUAGAUAGGAAAACAAAACAAAAGGGCAGGAACAAAUCACACACGAGGGCCAAAAAAACAAACGGAGGCUGCAAAAGGACGAAAAAAAGAAGAAGAAGAAGAAGAGCAGAACAAAAAGGGAGAGGCAAACAGCCCCUUCGCCUGCCCUAGGACAUUUGGCGCCAGCUCGGGC